AUGUUUAUAAUUUUAAUUUUUCUUCAAAUAUUUCUACCUAUAGAAAAUAAAUUAACUAAGGUUAUUUCAUUUAAACAUGAUAAUUCAAUAUCUAUUAAUAAUAGAUAUAAACGUGCUAUAAUGAGAAAACAAGAUUUUCAAUGGACAUUUCCAAUAAAUUAUUAUGUUUCAAAUGGAGUUGAUUCUAAUUUUGUUCAAUUAGCAAUAAAAGGUAUUGAAGAAAAAACAUGUAUAAGAUUUAAAAAAGUUAAUAAAUUAGCUAAUGCAACUGGAUUAAAUUUUGUCUCAAAUCAAGGUUGUUCUUCAUUUGCUGGAAGAGUUGAAAUUAAUACAACACAAGAAGUUGGUAUUGUUAAAGGAUGUGAUACUAUUGGUUGGAUACAACAUAUGAUUCUUCAUUCUUUAGGUGUAUUACAUGAAGAUGACCGCCCUGACAGAAAUCGUUAUGUACAAAUUAUAAAAAAAAAUAUUAGACCAAAAAAAUUAAAUUCUUUUAAAAUUCAACAUCCAAAUAAUGUUUUGACGUAUAAUCUUAAAUAUGAUUAUGGAUCACUUAUGCAAAGAAAUGGUACAGCAUCAUCUAAAAAUGGUUUACCAACUGUAGUACCAAUAAAUAAACAUUAUUUAAGAAGAAUUGGUUUUGCUAAAACAUUAAGUUUCAAUGAUGCAAAACUUUUAAAUCUUCAUUAUUGUCAUUCAAAAUGUCCAAUUAAAUUGGUAUGUGAUAAUCGUGGAUAUACAGAUCCAAAUAAUUGUAAUAAAUGUAUCUGUCCAACUAAUUAUGCUGGAAAAAAUUGUGAAUUAAUACAAAAAAAUUCACCUGGAUGUGGAAGAGUUUAUUUAAGAGGAACAUAUAAAGCAAAAUAUUUAAUUGUUAAAGGGGUAAAAAAUUGUUAUUUUCAAAUAAAAACAUAUCCAAGAUCAAGAAUAAGAAUGUUAAUUGAAUCAGCAAAUCUUCCAACACCAAAAAGGUGCAUUGCAAACACAGGACUUGAGAUAAAAUAUUUUAGAGAUAAAACAGUUAUGGGUGCAACUUAUUGUGGAAUUAAUUAUUAUAAAGAUUUAACAUCAGCAGGAUAUCAUGUAUCGUUACAUUAUAAUGGUACUCAACCAAAAAAUUAUUUAAAAUUAAAAUAUUGGAGAAUACUAUAA